GUUAAAGUUCUCAAAGAAAAAAUCGAGGCAGAAAAGGGUAAAGACUAUCCAGCCGUUAAUCAAAGGCUGAUUUACGCUGGUAAAAUCUUGACUGAUGAAACCCCAUUGAGUGAAUAUAAGAUAGAUGAAAAAAAAUUCAUUGUGGUUAUGGUAACCAAACCGAAAUUGCCUCCAGCAACACAUGCAGGAUCCUCAGAUUCGACUCCUACACCCGGUACGGGUGAUGGAGGUGAAAAACAAACUUCUGAUACAACUAGCAAUGAACCUCCUGCUUCGGAGAAUGUCAACUCUGGUGCAAGCUUUGGUCAAGCUGAAUCUGCCUUGUUGAUGGGUGAUGAAUAUAAUCAAUCUCUUAGAAAUAUUAUGGAUAUGGGAUAUCCCAAAGAACAGGUCGAAAGAGCGCUCAGGGCAAGUUUCAAUAAUCCAGAUCGUGCUGUUGAAUAUCUUUUGAAUGGAAUACCAUCAGAU